AUGGCGACGCUAGAACAGGAACUUCUCGCCGACUUUGCUGAGGAUGAAGAUCUUCAGGAUCUUGAGAAUGAUUUCGGAGGCGGGUCUGGCGAGGACGAUGACAUGGUAGACGAGGAGGCCGAGUACAGGCAGAAAGAGAAGGACAAUGACAGCAAAGCUGAAGCCGACAUAAAAUCCGCCCAGCAACUGAAGAUCAAUCUCGAAUCUGUCCUUCAGCGCAUUGAAGAAAUCAAGGACAAGAUGGACAUUGUGGAGGGUGAGUCUUUUGAGGACUCGCCGGAUUACAAGCUCCUCACAGAGGCCAACGAGUACUCUACACAAAUCGACGGCGAAAUCGCUACCGUACACAAGUUCAUUCGCGACCACUACUCGGCCUUUUUCCCGCAUUUGGAAGAUCUACUCAAAAACCCCGUCGUCUACGCAAGGGCAUGUUUGGUUAUCGGUGGUGGACCUCUGGACAACAUCAAGAACAUUACGCCAAAGUUGCGAGGAAUUCCUGAACUCGAUCCUGCCCUGAUCAUGGUAGUGGAAAUUGAAGCCACGCGUGUCGAAGGAAGGCUGCUUGAUGAAGCUGAGCUCUCUCUCAUAUCAGAUGCUUGCCACCUGUUGCUUGAGUUGAAUGACGCGAAGAAAGUGAUUCUGCAAUUCGUCGAGUCUCGCACAGCCGUUUUUGCGCCCAACCUUACCGCAUUGAUUGGCAGUCUGACAGCAGCUCAUCUGAUCUCAUAUUCAGGAGGUAUUACCAACCUUGCGAAGACGCCCGCUUGCAACAUCGCUCCUCUAGGUUCGACCAAGGUCUCCGGUGCUACCAUCGGUCUUUCCAACAUCGGCUUGAGACAUGAGGGCUUUCUAUACCACAGUGAUAUUGUACAGAACGUGAGGCAAGAUCUUAGGAAACAGGCUUUACGUAUCGUCUCCGGCAAAGUUAUUCUGGCAGCACGAGUCGACGCUCACUCCGGCUCUCACAACGCCGACAUUGGCAUGGAUCUGAGAAAGGAAUGCGAAAAGCGCAUCGACAGACUCAGUGAAAUACCCGCAAACCAAAAAGGCCAACGAGCCCUGCCUGUCCCUGACGAAAAGCCCUCCCGCAAGCGUGGUGGCAGACGUGCCAGAAAGGCCAAAGAAGCAACCGCAAUGACGGAGAUCCGUAAAGCCCAGAACCGCAUGACGUUUGGCAAGGAAGAAAAGGAAGUUGGCUACGGCGACUCAGUCAAGGGAAUGGGCAUGAUUGGAGCAACCGACACAGGCCGUCUCCGCGCGCAACAAAUCGACCCCAAAACCCGCGCCAAACUUUCAAAGAAGAACCCAGGUUGGGGCGGCGAUACCACCCUCGGCGCUGCUUCCUCGCUCAAAGGUUUCGGUGCAGGUGGUACGGCGACGAGUCUGCGCGCUCAGGGCUUGCGGACUGGUGGUGUGGGCCUCGGCGGUGGCGCAGGAACGAAUUCGAUUGCCUUCACGCCUGUUCAGGGUCUUGAGCUCGUAGAUCCCAAGGCAAGGGAAGAGAUGAAUCGGAAGCGCAAAGCGGAUGAUGAUCGCUGGUUCAAAGGUGGAGCAUUCACGCAGCUCAAUGGAAGCAGUUCCAAAGUUGACGCUGGCGGGUUCAAGGUCCCUGCGCUGCCGAUGAAGAAGCCUAAGACGGAUUCUUAG